AUGGCUCGUAUUCACAUCGGGAAGGAUCGGUUGUAUGUUGCUUCAGGAAGAAAUAUUUUUGAGCUUUCUUGCUCGGUCAAUAGUGACGUGACAAAAAUAAAGCUUCACAGAAAUAUCUCUGUGCCUUUCAAUAAUCUGUCAAGAACUGUGAAAAACAGUGACAAUAAUCAAAUCUUAGCUAGUGCAUUAAGCUAUGAUAAUACUAUGUUCGCAGUUGCGACAUCAUCGAAACAAUGUUUUAUAUAUGAUAUUCUUAAUGACUGGAUUGAAGUGCGUCCACCAGCUCAACUCUCUAAAGCACCAACAGCUAUAAUUUUUGAUACUUCAAAAAAGUUUGUAAUUAUAUCUGAUCGCUCAGGUAAUGUCAGGCGGUACCAUCUGGAAAAAAUGAAUUUCGAAAAAAAUACAGUCUGCCACUCUUUAGAGGAAAAAACUGAAGGCGAACUUUUGUUGGGCCAUGUAUCGAUGGUACUAGACAUUGUUUUAUCGGAAGAAGGAAGAUUCUUAAUAAGUGCUGAUCGUGAUGAGAAAAUUCGCAUUUCUCGAUAUCCUCAAUGCUAUAUUAUCCAUCAAUUUUGCUUGGGACAUACAUCAUAUGUGAAUUCAAUUAAUUCCAAAGGCAGUUUGGUUUUUUCUGCAGGUGGUGAUGGUACUCUUAGAGUUUGGAAUAUAGAUAAUGGUGAACAACUUGCUCAGUGUAAUUGCUUUGAGAAAAAAUCAGUUCUCUGCUGUAAGAUGUUUCUUAGCUCUACUUCAGAGAUAAUCAAGCUCGCUGUGGUUUUUCAGUCUUGUGCAAAUGUGCAAAUCAUUACUUUUAUCGAAAGAGAUAAAAGUUUCCAAUUUGAAGAGAUGACUUGUUCUGAGUGCAUAUUCGAUAUCGCUGUAGAUGAAGAUGAAAUCAACGUUUGGGCUAUUACGAAGUCAGGAAUUGCUUUGGGAAGAGUGGGUGGAAGUAGGCUUGAACUAGUUAGUGGUAUUGAUGAAAGUGUGAAAAAUUCCUUGGGUUCUUUUGAAGUUGUCCAGUUACCACUGGAAAGAAAGACUGGAUUCAACAAUAUCGAAGAUUAUAAACGGCGUAAACAUGAAAGGAUCAGCAGGAAGAAACAAAAGCUCUCUUUUAGAAGCGCAUAA